AUGCAUCCAUUUGUCUUUCCCUCCAUAUUGAGUACUAUUACUUUGGUAGCUCUCGCACAAACUACAACCAGUGAAGAAGAUAUCUCCUUCUUUGGCUGCGCUCCUCUCGGUGCAUACUAUCCCCUACCAACCAUCGACGUGUCCUCAAAGCCUAUCCAGGGACUGGUCUCUGACUUUACCAAAAAGUUUGAUGACGUUAUCCAGAAUGGUGGCAGUGAUAAAUACGGUCCGGUGAACGUCAACACCACCUCCUUCUCGGUCGUCAUCUUUGGCGGAGAUGAGAAACUCCGAGAUGACCCUAUUGUCUUUGAGUAUCACUAUACAUCUCCCGAAGAUCGGAUCUCCAACGAAAACGUGACCGUCACUACCAAGUUCCCUGUCGGCGAUGUUACCAUGGUAUUUACUGUGUAUGCUUGGCUCGCCAAGAUGGGGGAACAAUGGGAGACACCAAUCACCAAAUAUCUCCCUGAACUGGCUGAUGUCGAGAGUCCAUACGCUCCAUCUUGGGCGGAUAUCACCAUAGGGGCUCUGGCUGGUCAGGUGUCUGGACUGAGUCGAGAGUCCAAUGCGUGCGUGGUUGGUGAGCCCUGUGAUUGGGAACAUUUCAAGGGAGCAUUUGCUACUAAAUCGCCCUAUUUCCUACCAGAUACCACUCCUGUUGUUUCAUACGCAGCGUGGCAGCUUCUGGUCUUUGCGAUGCAGAGAGAAGCCGACAGCGACUGGUCUUCUAUACUUGAGGAUACUCUCCUUAGCCCCCUGAAUUUGACCUCUAGUGCUCUGUUGAGUCAUGAUAGCAAAGACAUCUUUGCCAUAAAAAGCCUCAACACUUCCAUGAUUGGAGAACCUGGUGCACUGUCAUUUGUAAGCUCCAUGGAGGACCUUGCUCGCGCUGGCCACUCCAUGCUUGCUUCCGAUCUUCUUACUCCCGCUGUCAGCCGUCGAUGGCUCAAGUCUCAUGCCGACACCUCCAACCUUCGCAACGGUGUCGGUCGUCCAUGGGAAGUUUACCGCGCUGGACAGAACAUCCGCCCCAUCAUGGACGCCCUGACCAAGGCUGGCUCAAUUGGCAAAUACGCUAGUUACUUUGGCUUAACCACGGACUUCAACGCUGGUUUCGCUAUUCUGGCUCAUGAUAGCACUGUUGAGGAUCGAAAGCUAGAUCUCAACGUGCAUGCUGAUAUCGUAAGCGAGGUCAUCGGGUAUCUAUCCCAGUUUGCUGCUGCAGAGACACAGGCUAGGUACGCUGGCCAGUUCAAGGGUGAAGAUUCGAUGGCUUCUUUCAACACUACAGACGACGGCCAUGGCCUGGUUGUUCAGAAACUUGUCAUCGAUGGGGUUAAUGUCAAGGACCGCACUGCUCAAAAGCUAGGGAUCAAAUCCAGCGAUCUUGACUUCAGAGUGUACCCUACCAACGUCCAAGAUGAGACCCAUCAUCAAUUUAUUGCCGUGUUCCAGGAUAGAAGUGCCCUUAUUGAUCAGGGUACCCCGACCUGUAUCACAUGGCAGGAAAUUGGUGCAGAUGUUGAGAUCUUUGUUCGAUUUAAUAUGAGAGCUGGAAAGGUCAUCGGACUCGAAAUCCCUCAACUGAAUACUAAGAUGGAGCGAGCGGACUGA